AUGGCGGGGUGGGUGAAAAAGAGGAAUCGUGGCAAGGACGCGACUCACCCUCCGCAUCCACAUCUAUUGCCUCGUCAGUCCGAAAGUCUGGCUUGUCGUUGCGUCGGUCUUCACCUAAUCGCCACGGAGACCGGUGGUUUCUGUGAAACGACAAACCAAGAGGCCGAGAGAACUUGCCCAGAUUGCCUGCGAUAUGUGUUAGCACUAAAGGUCCAUGCCAACCAGCAAACAAAAUGUAAAAAGAACACCAGAUGCUUCUCAGACCUAGUCAAGAUGUGA